AUGGGUGCCGAAAUGGGAUUCUUGUACGACGAUCUGAUAACGGAUUGCACGAAGCGCCUCAGCGGGCAACAAAUCAAGGUUAAGGUUAACCAGAAGAAAGAGGCCGAGUUCAUUUACGAAAUUGUCCCUUCGGAAAAAGGACCAGUGGACGAGAAAGAGUUAGAGGAGUUAAAACCGACGUGCCUGGGGUUGAAAGCGGAUUCAACCGAAACAUUCUUGACUUUGUUUACAAAGUCAGAGGCUCGAUGUUCCAUUCAGUGGGCGGCAUUUGAAGCAGCGAUGGUAGACCUGGGAUUCUCGGUCAAAUCAGAGUACGGAUCCGUCUACACGUUUGCACCCUCUGACAAAUUGGCACCAGAAAGGUCUAUCAAAAUUCACAGACCUCAUAAAUGUCGCAUCGAAGGCCACAAGCUACUCUUUAUUGCUCGCAUUCCAAAUCGCACUUACGGAUGGACGCAAGACACUGUUCAUGUUGCAUAG